GUGUAUUGUCUUACACGUGUCAUCUCUUGAAGCUUUGUGGCAACCCGCGACUUUCGGGUUGGUGAGUAAUGUUCGACUUUACUUUUGGUCGGCUGUCUUCAGUCUCGACUAAAGGUCGUACAGGCCUCAUAACGUUCUCUAUCCUGCUUCUGGCAUGGAUUGUUGGGUUCAGCAUACGUCUCUUCUCAGUUAUACGCUUUGAAAGUGUCAUCCAUGAAUUUGACCCAUGGUUCAACUACCGGGCAACAAAGCAGAUGGUUGAAAAUAGUUUCAAGAGCUUUUAUAAUUGGUUCGAUAGCACCGCUUGGUAUCCUCUUGGAAGAAUUGUUGGUGGGACUGUUUAUCCCGGUCUGAUGAUAACUUCAGGAUUCAUCCACUACAUGUGUCAACUCCUAAAUUUCCCGGUACAUAUACGCGAAGUUUGUGUUUUUCUCGCUCCUAUAUUCAGUGGCAUGACUGCCAUCGCGACGUAUUUAUUCACAAAGGAAAUAUGGAAUGAAGGGGCAGGGUUGUUCGCCGCUUGCUUUAUUGCAAUAGCACCUGGUUAUAUAAGCCGUUCAGCUGCGGGGAGUUAUGAUAACGAAGGAAUCGCUAUUUUUGCACUGAUGUUUACGUACUACUUGUGGAUCAAGGCUGUUAAGACGGGGAAGGUUUCUUGGGCAGCAUUUUGUGCAGUUUCAUACUUUUAUAUGGUAUCUGCUUGGGGUGGAUACGUGUUCAUCAUAAACCUUAUCCCUCUGCACAUUUUCGUGCUACUUAUUAUGCAGCGUUAUAGUGCUAAAUUGUACGUAGCAUACACAACAUUUUUCAUCUUGGGAUUAUUAAUGUCAAUGCAAAUACCUUUUGUUGGUUUCCAACCAUUGCGCACCAGUGAACAUAUGGCAUCAGUGGGAGUAUUUGCGCUUCUCCAGGUUGUAGCUUUCUUCAAAUACCUACAAAGCCGGGUCCCAUCUGAUGCACUGAAGCAAAUUUUUACGUUUGGAGCUGUUUUCUUCGCUGGGGUUAUUUUCCUUGCUGUUGUUGGACUUACAUAUGCUGGUGUUAUUGCACCUUGGAGUGGAAGAUUUUACUCAUUGUGGGAUACCGGAUAUGCCAAGAUACACAUCCCAAUUAUUACAUCAGUUUCCGAACACCAACCUACUUCAUGGGCUUCUUUCUUUUUCGAUCUGCAUGUGUUAAUUGCUACAUUUCCAGCUGGUGUACGGCUGUGCUUCAAAGAUCUGAAUGAUGAACGUGUUUUUGUUAUUCUAUAUGCAAUAUUUGCAUCAUAUUUUGCCGGUGUCAUGGUUCGUCUCAUGCUUACAUUAACACCGAUUGUUUGCGUAUUUUCUGCUAUCGCUUUUUCACGUAUCUUUGAGUUGUUUUUGGAUGAACAUGAUGCGGAAAACAGUAGUAUGACAACUAGUCGAUCCAACGGUGAUACACAGAAUUCUGUAGCUGAUAAACGUCUCUAUGAUAAACCAAGCAAGGGGAACAAAAAGCUAAAUACUGUUGAUCAGGAUACUUCAUCAAGCACUACUGCAACCAGUCGACCAACACAGAAGUCACCUCCGGCAAAUGGAAAUAAUCUUCGUGCAAUCGUUUAUGUAUUAAUCAUAUUUAUUCUCUAUCUAUUUGUUUCACAUUGUGUCUGGGUAUCAUCUAAUGCCUAUUCAAGUCCAUCUAUUGUGUUGGCUUCAUAUAAUAAAGAUGGAUCUCGAUAUAUCUUAGAUGACUUCCGUGAGGCAUAUUUCUGGCUAUGGCAAAAUACUAAACCGGAUGCACGAGUUAUGUCUUGGUGGGAUUAUGGAUAUCAAAUCGCUGGAAUGGCUAACCGAACAACUCUAGUUGAUAAUAACACGUGGAAUAAUAGUCAUAUCGCCUUAGUUGGUAAGGCUAUGGCAUCAAAUGAAUCUGAAGCUUACAAGACUAUCCAAAGUUUGGAUGUGGAUUAUGUGCUUGUCAUAUUUGGUGGUUAUAUUGGUUAUAGUGGUGAUGAUAUCAAUAAAUUCCUAUGGAUGGUCCGUAUUGGUGGGGGUGAACAUCCAACUGAAAUUCGUGAACAGGAUUUCUUGACUUCAUCCGUUGAUGUCAUUUCCUAAUCGGACCACCUGUAACUUCCAGUGUAACCCUAGUUCAACCAACUAACAGUGUUGACUGCAGCGGUCUGUGGAUCUGCAUCCAUACUAGGGUUUUCAAAUAUUUGAAGCCAUAGCUCUGCGAUCUAGACAUUCAACUGCGAAUUACUGGUUCAUGAGUUGAAAUCUCCUCGUAUCUACUUCCACCCUCCCAAUUAAUUUUGGUAGGGACUCACAUAACGGAUUUGACUUAUGAACUAAUUCACAAGGGUGACUAUCGUAUAGAUAGAGAAGCCUCUAAAACAAUGCUCAAUUGUUUAAUGUACAAAUUAAGCUAUUAUCGUUUUGGAGAAGUUCGUCUAGAUAUGCGUACACCAGCUGGAUAUGAUCGUACUAGAGGAGUAGAAAUCGGUCGUAAAAAUUUCGAGUUAGAUUAUCUAGAGGAAGCUUUUACAUCGAAACAUUGGCUUGUUAGAAUAUACCGUGUUUUACCGCCUGAGAAUCUGCCUCAUUUAUCUGGUACACGUAGACGAAUUCGUCAUCGACCGUCAAGCAAAACUAGUUCAAAUACUCGUGGUCGAUUGAAUAACAACGUUACUCCAGUAAUAAACGUUCUUCUAGAGCUUCCAGAUAGGGUUUUCCUGGAGAAGCUGUAAUUUUGCAAUUCCGACAUUCUUUGUCCAAUAUUCAGUAUGUCGUUUUGUCUUCUGGUCGUUUAACUUCAGCGUUACACUAAGUGACGUGUAAAAACAAUAAAUUAUAAAGCUACUUUUGCACAGUGACCUCUGAGUAUCGCAUCAUGGUGCAUAGAGGUGCAUUAUAUAAAGACAUAGGUCCAGAAAGCGGCCUGUGAUGCGAUUACAUAAUAUAAUGACGUGUAACUGUGAUGCUGUUGUUUUUCUAACAUAACUCUUUUCUUUACUAUUUCUCCAUUUUCUCUGUUUUCGUUUGCCUGUUUCUAGCCAACUGUUAACUGUAUUUUACUCUCUGCCCACAUUGUGAGUUUUCGGCGUUAUUUUCAAAUAAAUUUAUCACAUAAAC